GCAAGGCACAACAGAGUCCAAGCGGGCAGCUGUGGCUCGGAGGAGAGAGGCGGCUAGCGUCUGACGAGGGCGGUGGGCUCUUCGCUGGGCCCCUUUUUUUCUCUCGGGGCCGUUCUUGGCCUCUGCCUGGGCAUAAGGCCAUUCCUUUCCAACUUCAGCUACAGUGAUAGCUAAGUUUGGAAAGACCAAACAGAGAGAAGCCGCUGCGUCCCCCUGCACCCCUUUUAGCCCCAACCCCACCCUGAAUCGCCCCGUGUUUCUGCUUUCUGUAUCUCGCUCUCAUCUACUUCCACCUCUUUCUCUCUGUUGCUUCUGCGCCUGAAAGGGCUUGACAGCCUCCGCAACUGAGCAAAAAAAAAAAAAAAGAGGAGAGGCGACCCCGGAUUGCCAUGGCUCGGUCUGCAACAGAACAACAAAACAGCCGAGGCUGUUGCGAAUCCUGUAUUAACUAUUUGACAUCUGCAAAAGUCCUCCUGUACUUUGGACAUGCCCUGUCCACUUGGGGGGAUCGUAUGUGGCAUUUUGCAGUGUCUGUCUUCCUGGUUGAAUUAUAUGGAAACAGUUUGCUCCUAACUGCUGUUUAUGGAUUGGUUGUGGCAGGAUCAGUUCUUCUUCUAGGUGCCAUUAUUGGAGACUGGGUAGACAAGAAUUCAAGGCUCAAAGUAGCCCAGACGUCCUUAAUUGUGCAGAAUGCAUCAGUCAUUUUGUGUGGCAUCCUUCUGAUGAUCGUCUUCCUGUUUAAAGCACAGCUUAUAAAUUUGUAUCAAGGAUGGCUUCUUACCUUGUGCUAUAUUCUAGUCAUCUCAAUAGCAAACAUUGCGAAUUUGGCCAGUACAGCCACAGCAAUCACCAUACAGAGAGACUGGGUUGUUGUUGUUGCUGGUGACAAUAGAAGCAAAUUAGCAGAUAUGAAUGCUACCAUACGAAGGAUUGAUCAGCUGACCAACAUCUUGGCUCCUAUGGCCGUGGGACAAAUAAUGACCUUUGGAUCACCAGUGAUAGGGUGUGGGUUCAUUUCUGGCUGGAACAUGAUCUCCAUGUGUAUAGAAUAUACACUGCUCUACAAAGUGUACAAGAAGACGCCUGCUUUGGCUCACAAAACUGGUUCAAAGGGUGAAGAGUCAGAACUGAAGCAGCUCAAUGUACAGAAAGAUGGUGAAUCGAAGGGCACCGAAGGAGUCCAGUUAAUUCACAAGAAAGAGACCGCUGUUUCUGAGCCUGAACAGGAAAAUACUAGCUGCCUUUCUCGCAUGGCCGAACCGUUCAGUACAUUCCGUGAUGGAUGGGUUUCCUACUAUAACCAGUCAGUGUUCCUUGCAGGUCUGGCCCUGGCAUUCCUUUACAUGACCGUCCUUGGGUUUGACUGCAUUACUACUGGCUAUGCAUACACUCAGGGAUUGAGUGGCUCCACUUUAAGCUUAUUAAUGGGGGCCUCUGCCUUAACUGGAAUCCUGGGAACAAUAGCCUUCACUUGGCUUCGUAACAAAUGUGGGUUAAUCCGCACAGGCAUCAUCUCUGGAAUAGCCCAGCUGUCUUCUCUUGUUUUGUGUGUGAUCUCAGUGUUCACACCAGGAAGUCCUUUGGAUCUCACGGUUUCCCCGUUCGCUGACAUCAGUGCUAGGUUGUUUGAAAGCAAUCCAUUACCCACCCUGGCGCCUGAUGGCGAUCUCCUUGAAAUGGCUUUUACCACUGAAAUGCCUGCUUUGAUCAAUGCAACGUCUUCUGAUCCAGGAUUAGCUCCCAGCCCAGUGUCUCUCAUCUCUGUUAGCCUUCUGUUCGCGGGAGUCAUUGUAGCAAGAGUUGGCCUUUGGUCUUUUGACCUGACAGUCACACAAUUGAUUCAGGAAAAUGUGAUAGAGUCCGAAAGAGGUAUCAUAAAUGGCGUCCAGAACUCCAUGAAUUACCUUCUGGAUCUGCUGCAUUUCAUCAUGGUUAUACUGGCUCCUAACCCUGAAGCUUUUGGACUGCUAGUAAUCAUUUCUGUUUCCUUCGUCGCAAUGGGUCAUAUCAUGUACUUCCGUUUUGCCCAUAAAAGCUUGGGGAGGAAUGUCAUUCUUUGCUGUACUCCUGAGUUAAAGUCAGUUGCCAAUGAGCCUCCAAAUCCUGAUGAAUCCAAUGCAUAGAGGAUUUUGACUCCUCCAUGUGUUUUUUUCCGGUCCAUGUUGACUGGCAUGCUUUAUUAUGGGUCAGAAGCAGCUGGCACCUAAAAGGGUAUUCCUUUCCAGCACCCAAGCCCACAAUCUGCCUUGUUUUCCUUUGCCUUUCGGCAGGUAACCAAGUAUGGAUUUUUACCAGGUGCAAAAGAUACACAUAUUUAUUUAAGAGGAUAUUUCCUCAAUAGUUAAAGUUUAAUUUAAAAAAAAAAAAGCAGUUGACUAGAUGGACAUAAGUUUGAUUCUUUUCAAAUAUACAAUUACUAUUGGUUGGAGUGGGCUGGAGAUUAAUAAAUUAAACAAAAUACGCUCUUAUAUGUAAUAUGAUUAGUGGGUGUUAUUGUUUCAUACAGCAUAGAUGUGCAGUUUUUUCUUUUUUAAAAGAAAUACUAGAUGUGAGGAAAACAUACAAAUCAACGACAGCAAAGUUUAUUGAUCUCAAAAAGAUCUCAAAUGUGCCUUUAAACAAACAAACAAGACCUCUUUUCUGUGAAGUUAUUUCUAGUUUAGUUUUGGAGAAACAUCUGGGUUAUUUUAGUAUAUUAUCUGAAUAAGAAAUAAUGUAAAAUAGUAUAGAAUAUGUAUGUAGCACUUCAUAGGAGGCAAUUAACCUAGCGUAGACCGAAGCUAUUUAUAUAAUAUAGUAUAGCAUUGUAAAACAUAAGGGGGAAAUAUUUUUGGUUUUAUAAAUUUUCAGUAACAUGCUUACUAAGCCUUGGUUUCAUAGUAUUAAAGGCCAAAUAUAUGAAGUGAAAGAACUAGGUUUUGUGUGUGUGUUAGUGUGCAUCCAUGCAUUAAUGAGUACAAGGGAAAAGAAAGAUACAAUCUAUUUUUUUCAAAAUUAUUUAAAUUAUUUAAAGCACCUAAGCUGCAAAAUUGCAACCAUUUAUUGUACAAUAGCCCCCUUUAAUAUCUAGAAGAAAUCAAGAAUACACCACGAGCAACUUCUUUAUAUAAAACCCAUUUCAAAUGACAUUGAAUUGACAAAAAAAAAUAAUUUGUUUUCUAGAUGAACAAUAUGAGACAAUGUAUGAAUUUUGUGUGUAUGCCUUUCUUAUGUAUGUCAGUAAUUUGGAAAAUUAGCUGUGUAACUUGUGAACACAUGAUUAAUAGUUUAAUCAUGAUUAAAGUAAAAGCAUGUCCCUGAUCAUAGAUCUAUAUCUGCAAAAGCAACUUGCAUCCAAAAGGAAGCAUAGCAGUGUUUGUACUAUCGAACAGCUUCUGGGCAGCACUGAUGUUGACAACUCCAAAUGUAUAUUGGGGCAAGAUUUUGGUGAAGACUGGCAGCGGUGCAUGCCUUCUGUUCAGUGACAGGAUUAGUGUGGUUCUACUGUGCUAAUCAGCAGGCAUGGUUUGCAUUUAGAAAAAGGGUCAGCAUGCAGAGUCCUGCUUCACUUUACACUGGUGAAUUAGGGUACAUCUGUAUAGUUUAAAAUGUUUUACAGAGCUAAUACCCUUAUGCACUCUGGUUGUUUUAUACCAUAGCUUACUAAAAAUACUAUUUUAAAUAAGUUGCAAUUGGUUUGCAAUUGGAAUGUGUGUGUGAGUGUAUUUUUUUUAAAACUUGUUAAUGUAAAAGCAAACUGAUAAUCAGUAGUGAGCGACAAUGCCAUCUAUGUAUGAAUUGCUUUUGGAGACAUUUUAUGGUAUACAGAAAUGAAUACAAUGCUUUUUACAGUAAGUUUCAUGCACUUUUGUGGAAAUUGCAGUAACAAUGCUACAAGCACUUUGCUUUAAAAUAGAGUUGAAUCCUCUUACUCUACUCCGGAGUUUUUCUAAAUGUAAUUUUCAACUUCUGUUUGUUAAAUAUUUGUAAAAUAUUUGUAUGCAUAAAUAUAAACUAUUUUUCACA